CGAUCGAGUCGGACGUACGCGAUUAUAAUCGAAUAAAAAAAAAAUGACAAUCGAAUUAUAAAAUUAUUUUGUCUUUAAAAUAAACAGUUUAGUUACUUACUUAGUACUAGAGUUUAGUACUUAGUGUAACGGAAUUGUUAUCAUUAUUAUAUUUGUUUUUGUAAGUGAACGUUGAUCGUCUUCACGAUGAGGUUGUUUCUACUACUGGUGGGAUUGACGACGGUAAUCGCGGAUGACCUACCGCCGACUUGCAUCAGACCAGUUUACUGCAACAGUACGCUGCUUCAUUACGUUCAAAUGGCCAGACUCUACCCCGAUUCUAAAACUUUCGUCGAUUUUCAAAUGCGUAAAGACGAGAACGCAACACUGUCCGCCUUCCAAGAGCUGUUGGACCGCACGAAUCAUAAUCCAACGAAAGAAGACCUGCAGGAAUUUGUCGUUGACUUUUUUGAUGAAACCAGCGAACUUGAAGAAUGGAAACCGGAUGACCAUAAAGAAAACCCGCCUUUCCUCGCCAAAAUUCGUGAUGAAGGUUUCCGGGAAUUCGCUAAAGCUUUAAAUGAUAUUUGGCCAACUUUAGCCAGACGCGUUAAGCCCUCGGUCCUUGAAAAACCCGAACAAUCGAGUCUCGUGCCUAUGACACAUGGCUUCAUCGUUCCUGGAGGUCGAUUUAAAGAAAUCUACUAUUGGGACGCAUAUUGGAUUAUCGAAGGUCUUCUAAUCACUGACAUGACCGAAACUGCAAAAGGAAUGAUCGAAAACCUAAUCGAGCUUCUGUAUAAAUUUGGCCACAUUCCCAAUGGAAGCAGAUGGUAUUACCAAGAACGUAGCCAGCCUCCUUUAUUGGCGGCCAUGAUAAAGCUUUAUUACGAAAAGACUAAGGACAUCGAAUUCAUCAGAAAGUAUAUUAGUGCUUUAGAAAAGGAAUUAGAAUAUUGGCUGGACACUCAUCUUAUCGCUUUCAACAAGAACGACAGAGUUUACACUCUCCUGAGGUAUUAUAUUCCAAGCGCUGGUCCUCGACCGGAGUCCUAUUACGAAGAUUACGAAUUGGCUCAGAAAUUAAACAAGACUACUGAUCCUAAUGAUAUUUACGCCGAUUUAAAAAGCGCCGCUGAGAGCGGGUGGGACUUUUCUACGCGCUGGUUUAUUUCAGAAAGCGGCGACAACAGUGGUAAUCUAACCAAUUUAAACACAAAGAACGUUAUCCCCGUAGACUUGAAUGCUAUUUUCGCCGGAGCGUUACAGAUUACGGCGAACUUCCAAGCUAUAUUAAAGAAUCCUCGGAGAGCGGCUCACUGGGGCUACAUGGCCGAACAAUGGAGAAGUUCUAUAGAGCAAGCGUUAUGGGAUGAAGAAGACGGAGUCUGGCACGACUACGACAUAUUGAAUAAUAAGCCACGUAGAUAUUUUUACACUAGCAACCUAGCUCCCCUGUGGAUGAACGCAGUCGAAAAACCAUUUCUAGCUAAGCAUGGCGCUAGAGUCCUGGAGUACCUUCACGAAUCGCAAGCGCUCGAGUACCCCGGAGGUGUCCCGGUGUCUCUAGUCAACAGUGGAGAACAAUGGGACUUCCCUAACGCUUGGCCUCCAGAAGUCAGCAUUGUCGUUACGGCUAUCCAAAACAUUGGUUCCGAGGAGAGUAGUAAAUUGGCAAAAGAACUCGCCCAGGUCUGGGUGAGAGCUUGUAAAUCAGGAUUUACCGAAAAGAAACAGAUGUUUGAGAAGUACGAUGCGUUGAACGCUGGUAAAUACGGCGGCGGCGGUGAAUACACGGUUCAAGAUGGAUUCGGAUGGUCGAACGGCGUUGUCCUGGAGUUCUUAGAUAGGUACGGAGCUGUACUGACUUCGGUGGACUCUGUAGAUGCUAGUGCAAAUAACGGUCAGUCAAACGAAGAAUCUGAGACGGAUUCUAAGGAAAAAUAAAUCGUGGCCGAUGUGAAUGACAUUUAAUGAUAUUUAAGAACAAAGAGUUUUAAAGCUAAUAAUUCAUUAAUAAUAAUUCAUUCUAAGCAAAACAAGAUUUCACAACUUGUUUAAUAAUGUUUAUUUUCGUCCGUAUUUUUCCUCAAUCUCAAUCCGGUGCUAAAAUAUUAGAAGGUUUUAUAAUUGACUGACUCAAUGGUGUAGUAGUUAGCGGCCCUGACUAUCGCGCUGAGGGUCGUGGGUUCGAUUCCCACAUCAAGCCAACAUUGUGUGAUGAACAGGUUUGUUUGCUCUUUGUCUGGCAGUUUAUUAUCUAUAUAUGUAUAUAUUUAAUUUUAUAUAAGUAUGUUUAUCAGUAUCUGGUACCCGUUAAGCUGCUUUCAGACUACGCUAUACUUUAGUACCAUAUAGUAUAGCAGCCUAUAGUUAGGCAAUAAUUUAAAAUACAGUACAGUGUGAGUCUGUCCAUAAGAAUGCAUUGUGUGGGAUAUUGUUGUGCUAUGAGAGAUAUACUAUAUAUGCUAUUAUAUUAUAGCAUAGUCUGAAAGCGGCUUAACACAGGGAAUCCUAAAUAGGAGCCGGACGACCGUGCCGGAUUUGUUCCCAGUUACCUAUGUAUAUGAAUAUUUUAUUUAAUAUAUAUAGUUGAGUUCACAAAAGCAUUUACGUGAAAAAAAUGGUGAUAAUCCCCUUUAUUAAUUUACUGCUGGAAUCAUUCUGAAAUAAUAUUAAUUCAAAUUCAGGUGGACGCGAUUAAUUGUGUACUCCCAAAAAUGCAUUGUAUUAUUCCUAUAAUAUAAAUGAAGCCACGGCUUUUUAACGCAACUAAAAGAGUCUACCGAUUAGCGUCUACGUCAAACGAAAAGAACCAUUUAGACUUAGUUUUGGGAACAACAGAGAGACUUUUCAAUUUAUUCAUCUGUGAACAGAUAAUUAAUUUACAAUUUAGCAUUUAAGGAUAUUUUGUUACUGUAUUUUAAAUACGGUUCUUCUUGAUUAAAUUAAGAAAAUACCUCACAUAGUGGGGGGGCUGAUUAUCUUAAUUAACCUAAGUACAAUUUUAGCUUAAGUGUCUGUUAUUGAAGGUUCCAAAAUUAAAUAAGAAUGUUGUUAAAAUUACCUAACUGCCAUAUUAUUUCGGUUUGAUUCAAAUAAACUAUGUAACUUGACUGUUUU